AUGUGCACUGAAGAGCAGCCACGAAGGUCGACGGACUGAGGAGUGCAUCCCUGACUGCCAGGGGAUCGAUUUGAGUUAUCAAUCAGAAGUCAGCAGCUUCCAGGACGGUACCAUCAUGAAGCGGCUCAGCCUGAAGCGGAGGCCCAGGGCGGCUCCUAGUAAUGUGGAAAAAACUCCCAGCGGCAUCUCAUCCAGUCAGUGGCGUUCUGCAGAGUCGCUGUCAUCAUCUGGCGCUGAUGAUACGAGGCUCCUGGGCAUGUCUUCCGCUGCACGAGGUAGGCCUCCUCUUCCUCCGCCGCACGGUUCCUCGCUGGACAGCAGACCUUCAAAGAGUGACGGUGCAAGCAUCUCGAAUGAGGCCAAGCCUCAACCAGCUGCAAGGCACCUCGCUUCACAAAGACGAAGCCCUGUGAUAGAAAAGGCCGAAACCAAGAUACACUCCGAUCAGGUUGUGAUGAGCCCGUCUCCGCCGCAGCCCUUCCCCCGUCGCCGACUAGCCAGCUUUGGAGGCGUGAGCUCCCCCGGGUCCCUGUCCCCCUUCACUGGCCUUGGUGCAUAUAAUCAGAACAACAAUGGGAACAAGCCUGAAUCUGAUACAAAUUCCCAUCUCAGCUCAUCCCUGGGAAGCAGAGGCAGCACAGGCUGCUUGAGGCUGAGCCCGCAGAGCUCUGGCAGGGUGACUACAGUGACGGGUCUCGGGUCCCUUCAUCUCCAGCACGUCCGGGAACAGAUGGUGGUCGCUCUGCAAAAGCUGAAGGAGCUAGAGGAGCAGGUGAAAAUCAUCCCCAUCCUCCAGGUAAAAAUCUCAGUCCUCCAGGAAGAAAAGAGGCAGCUGUGCUCUCAAAUGAAGAACCUGAGUGACAAUGAGAACACAAAUGUCAUCUGGAAAAGACCAUUUGGCACAGAAGGGUCUGGCGCUGAGAAUAACAUGAAUACUGAAUUAGAUCCUGAAGGUGUUGCAGACAGCAACAGCACAGACUUUAAGGGGUUAAGACAACUGGCUGAAGAGAUGAAUGCGUUGGAAAGAGCCAUCACAGAUGAACGCUUGCAAGCAUGGCAUGGAAAAUGUCACAAGCGCAUCGACAACGAGGCUUUUAAAUCAAUUGCAGUUGGAACUGAUCUAGAUAUGAAUAUAUUCUCUAAACCCUCAAGAGAAUACAAAUGCGUGCACACGGAUCAGGUGGAGACGAGGUCCGUUGCAACAGAAGUAUCUGAGAUUAAUCUUGGGAUUUUCUCAGAACAGGAAGCAGAACUUGUUGCCCAGCAACUGCUUAAUGGUGCGUUGAAGGAGAGAAUUUGCCAUUUAGAGGCAGAGUUAAAGGAAUCAGCCUUCCAGGCAGAGUUGACCCGUUUGAAGCUGGAGCUUCAUGCUGCAGGAGCCAGGAACCGAGUUGACAAGGCCUGCUCCGCUAAGCCACCCGCUGCAAGCGUUGGCACGGAGACAAGGCCUCUUACCAGAAGUCAAGGAGUUGGCAAUCACACAGAUCUUCAAGAUGCCAGCACGGGAGAGACAACCGAGGUGAAAACCACUGGGGUAUCUUGUGAACCUAAGACUGAGGACAUCUGCACAGGGCCAGAUGUUCCCAUGAACCAGUGGGAGAUUAGGGAGCGAGUGGAGACCAGGGAAAUGGCCGUGGGGGUCCGGGUUUUCACCAGGACUCAAGGAGUUGGGACAGAGAUAAAAGUCUGUGAUGCAGAAAGCAACACGGAGGUACCGGUGGAGGAUCUGGGAUCCAAGAAAGAAAAGAUAGUGUGUCAUUCAGUGGGAUGUGGAGAAUUUUCUGUUGACAUAUGCUGCGAAGCAAAGGAAAUGGUUUCUCAAGGUAUAGCAACAGAUCGAGUGAGAGGAGUUGAGAUGGGGACCAUGGCAUCGCCUCAAACGGCUUCACAGCGUACCAACACUGUAUCUCAUUCAGUGUCCCGCUUCACAAACACCAGACCAGCCUUCAGCAAUGACUCCAGCACAAAUACCCUCCUCACAACCCAAGACAAGCACACCAACACCGCGCACACCUUCACUCGGACUGUAUCUGUCGGCAGCAGGGUUAGAGACAUUACCUACACGGCAGAAUAUCGUACAGUUGGCGUCAACACUGCAAGCCUCUCUGAAAGUAUUUCAAGGCAAACACCAGAGACCGUGACCAAGGUGACUCGAGACUCCGGUGUUGGAUUCACAAACAUUUAUGACAAUUUUUUGGUUGGACUUAAAACUCGAAAUAUGGCCUCUGGACCAUCCCGCCUUCCUGAUCCCACAAAGACAAAGAGCAUCGGGGUGGGUGAUGGGAGAAUACAGGAGUUCUCUGUUUCAUCAACUACACCCAUUCUGAAGCUCCCGCAGUGUACGCAACUCCAGUGGGACCAUGAGCUCAAACACUACAUAGAAAAGAUGCAUAGACUCUUGAGGGAGCACGGAGACCUGCUUACCGGGGCCUGCACAGACCAGUACGCCAGCCCAAAACCUCUCAGGAGCAGAGCUGUAACAGAAGGAGGGACGGAAAUACAUCCACUCACCCGUCAAGCAGCAGCAAACGCGGAUAUGCUGUCGCCAUGCCACCCCUCAACUGACUCCUGUAAGAGUGCCAAAGGAAAUCCAGAAAUAUGCCUGCAGAGUGGUAACAACUCGGAGGUGAAGAGAAUGAUUCAAAUGUUAGAGGAGCAGGCGUCCUCUGCUCUGCAAGACAGCUCAGCUAAUACCCAUAAGCCUCAGCCUUUGAUGAAGAAACAGAGUGGUGAGCAGAGCUGCAGCAGCAGCAGGAAAAGCAUGAAGUUCAUGAAGGCGACUGCAGGAUUGGACCCCAUGUCAGCUCACAAGCAUGACGCAGAAGGAAGAAGAGGGCAGGAAACAUUUAGGGAUCCUUCUCAAGACAUAAUCCAAACGAGAAGAAGAAAAGAUGUCUCCAUCAGGGGGUCAGAGGGGACUGCAAAGUUACACAGGCAACAGAGGUGUAAAUUCAGUGAAAGGAUGUUUUCCGCUUGUCAAGCCUUAAAGAUGCACCUGAGUGGUGAUGCAGUUCUAUCCAGCAGGGAACUGCAGGACUGUCUGCACACAAUACAACAGGAGUGGUUCUCCGUUUCCAGCCACAAGUCGGCUCACCCUGACGCAGUGGGGGACUACUUAUCUGCGUUUCGAGCCGUUUCGCCCUCCGUGUUGCAGCAUGUAGCCAACAUGGCUGAUGGGAAUGGAAACACAGUGCUGCACUACAGUGUUUCUCACUCCAACUUCGCCGCUGUCAAAAAACUGCUUGAUUCAGGGGUGUGUGAUGUCAAUCAGCAGAACACAGCGGGUUACACGCCCAUCAUGCUGGCUGCGAUCGCAGCUGUGGAAGAUCCAGAGGACAUGAGAGUGGUGGAGCAGCUCUUCGCGCAAGGAGAUGUGAAUGCCAAAGCCAGCCAGGCUGGUCAGACUGCCUUGAUGCUUGCCGUGAGCCACGGCAAAAUGGACAUGGCGCAGGCCCUCGUGGUACAGGGGGCCCAAAUCAAUAUCCAGGACGAUGAAGGCUCCACUGCGUUGAUGUGUGCGAGCGAACACGGCCACGCUGACAUCGUUAAGCUGCUGCUGGCGCAGCCGGAGUGUGAUGCCACCCUGAGAGACAGCGAUGAAAGCACAGCCCUGUCGGUCGCCUUGGAGGCAGGACAUAAUGAGAUUGCAGUGCUCCUUUACGCUCACGCCAACUUCUCCAGACAGAUGGGGGCCCUAGCUCGACACAGUGGCACCUUCCCCUCUUCUCCAGGAGGAAGGAAUAUGCUUGAGUGAGGAGAUAUCGCAGAAUUAAUUAAUCUGAAAGCAAGUUUACAUCAAAAGGAGCAAGAUUGACUUUUGAAAUAAGCCACUGAAAUCCUUUCCUGUUCAUAGCAGCAUGUUCACCCUCACCGUUGAGCGCUUGAAGGUAUACAGAAAUGGAUUUACAUCCAGUAUUUACCAUUGACUCCUUUACCAUUUUAAGCUGGAUGAGUUGGAGCUCAGUUUCUGAUGACUUUUUAAGAUGAUUAGUUUUGUUUAUUGAUAUUGCGCAGCUAAAGACGUAGCUCAUGUAAAAAGCUGUCGCCCGGCGAGAUUACAGUUGUACAGCAGAGUAGAUGAUGAUUCUAUGAUCAUAACGAAAGACAUCAUUACUUCUUUAAAAUAUUAAAGUUUUCUUUUCUCUUGUUACCCUGAAAAAAAAAGAUGGUCAGCGUGGUCAGCGGUCCUAGCUCUUUUCCUCUGCGAUACAAAGGUUCCUCUGGAUUUGACUUUGAUGUCCGGCGACGGCUCAGACGGAUGCAGAAGACACUCGAGAUGCAGUUGGAUACACAAAUAACCAAUUAGCAAAAGUGACGCCCGUCAUCUUGGUCGUUUUGACUUGUGGCUCUCGGGCUCUUGUACAAGUCAUCGCGUGAGGCCCCCCUCCACCGCAGUGCGAUCGGUUCGGUACAUUCUUUACUGGUGUGAAUGGGAGGAGUUACAGACGUAUUUCAUGCUGACUAAUCCGAAGAAAAAUGAUAAAAACAGGGAAUUUUGUACAUCAGUCUAUUUACUGGAAGAUUUAGCUAACAAAGAUGUAUUUGUAGUGAAUAUUUUACUACAUACUGCUUUACAAUGCAAAUUAGAGUACGUUUGGUAAGUUAUGGACACCUUUUACUUGUUAGUGAAGUACGGAUAUCUGUAGGCUCAUGAGACGGUGACUCACAAAAAGCAAAGAAAAGAAAAUAAUUUAGAAAUAGGAGCGAUAAAAUAAAAAACAACAGACGAAACGUUUCUGUGAAAUCUCCUGGUUUUCUGUACUAAUAAUGUCAGUUCUUUGAUGUUGAUUUCAUGUAGAUAAAUUAUUGAGCUCUUGGGGAGUCAAACUGGUGGAUACCAUUUCUAGAGAUGCACCGAUCAACCGACAACCGAUCGGGAUCGACCGAUAAUGCCCCUAUCGGUUUUGAUCAGAGUUCUCAAAAUAGGUCAAAGCAGGCCGAUCCGAUGACGUUUACAAGAACAAACUGCAGCCAGGGUGUGCAUUCCCACAUCUCAGACCCAGGUCUCCCCAGGAGGCAUGACAGUCUCUACAAAACAUCAACACUGAAAAUGGCUUCGCCAUUGUGAGAGUUUUACAAUGUCCGAAAAGGACAACAAAUUUGCAGUUUGCAAGGUGUGUGCAAAGGAGAUACCCCGAGGAGGAAUGUUACAAAAAAGAUUCAACACAAUGAAGCUGAUAAGACAUUUGAAAGUUUCUCACACGAAGGAGUAUAUUGCAGGCAGAGAAAGUAAAGGAGCAUGCAGCAACACUAACUCAGCUGAACCUAACAGAAACCUAUAAACGACAGCAACAACAGCAAGAAAAAUAAAGAACUACAUCAUGAGGUAAUGGAUUCAUAUGCCUUGAUCAUCAGACGUUUUUUGUUGUAGAAGACGUUGGGUUUAAACGCAUCGUUACCUUUCAUAAUUAAUUUUUAUUUUAAGAUUUAAUUCCUUUUUCCUCAGGAAAACUAAGGUUUAGAGAUUACAACUCUACAACUAUCAACUCUAAGAGACUGAAAUAUCUGCUGUUGUCUGUGUUGGUGCACUGCAGAUGUGUUGUACACAUAAUUAUUACCACAAGAAAAAGCUUAAGCUAGUAAACUACACUUACUCUUUGUAAGCUGAGCCCAAGUCUUUGAAAGUCAUCUCUAAGAGUCUCUAGAGUUUGAAAUAUUGCACAUUGCCUCAGCCUGCAAUAAAACAGUCAAUUCAUGAUACUUUCUCAUCUAAUGUUGAUACCUAAUAAUACAAUGUCAGUGUUGUUUACAUGAAACAACAAAAUUGUAGAAUUGAUGGAUUUAACGCUGUGAUCGGUGAUCGGAAAUAUUGGGAUCGGCAGAUACCGCUUUUGGUGAUCAGUAAUCGGCCCUCAAAAUACUGAUUGGUGCAUCUCUAACCCGUGCUACCUUAUGCAGCCACGGAGAGCAUUUGUUGAGCAUUUCUUUUACUUUAAUGAUCAAUUUUAAAUAUCACAACCAUUAAUUAAGUUUAGAUAACUUUUCAUUUGUUUUAUUCUCGUUUCUUUGCACUUUGAAAACUUCAACAAGUUGCACACGUCUCUGAAAACGCAUGAAUAGGUUUUUGGAGGUAUUUGUAAGGUUUGAUUUUAGCAGAUUUCUUUAAUUUUUUCCCGAUUAUUGUUCACAUUGUCUCUUUUAUGAUGUAGGGGACACACGUUUUUAUUCCUCCUGACCCACAGCUCUCUAACACAAAAACCAUGAACCCCCUCACUGCUAUUUCAUUCAUUUCCUCAAUUUUGGGAGGGUUUUUUUCACCGACACUUUGAUGAAGAUGGCUCAGAAACAUCUCCUCAGAGAUCAGCUGUGAACGACUGGUUUAUCGGGUGGCUUUGUGACCUUGCGCUGCAAACCCUGAUCAAAGCGUGACUGAAGUGCUCCCUGUUUGCGUCGCUGUGGGCUCAAACUGAAUUUGCCAUGCAGGAGUCGUGCAUCAUUUAUCAAGUAUUCCCAGUGCUCCGUGCUCCGCGGUUCUGGCUCGUUUAAUGAAUAUUCACGACCACGUGCCGCUCAUUUGUAAAAGCAUAAAAUUCAUAUUUCUCACAAUUGGGCUGAUUUCAACACGGUGGCUUGUCUUCCGUUUCCUGCACCGGCUUUCCUUCGUCUUUUUGUUUCCUUUCCCAGCCUUUGACACAUCGUUUAAAAUGCGUUGUUUGGCUCCACACGGCAGGAACGCUCCCUUCAUCAGCAGCUUCGAGUCGAUUCCAGCAACAGCAAUAAAAAAAAUAAAAAAUACACAAGGUCCCCCAUUUUAAAUUUACUGUUGCCAUGGUAACAGCAAUUUUGAACAAGAGGAUCUUGAAAACAUACUUCUUAAAUUGUAUCUCUUUUUUUAUACUGAAAUUGCUCAAUAUUCAAGUCAUGUAAUGUAAGUUGAGCAGCAGCUCAUCCACAUUUUAUUAGUCAUUGGAACUGACGCUGAUAUAUUAUAAGCUACUUUAUUUAAAAUUAAAACGUAGACAUGUCAUAUGAAGAUGAUAUGCAAAAAAGAAAAUAUAAUGAUAAUUAUGCAAAGCAAUCCCUUUGUAAACUCAGUUCCAGCAUCUGUGCGACACUGUUUUUGGCGCGUGAUUGAUUCUGAUUAAUAAUCACAUAAAAUUAUUUCAUACUUUAGAGCUGCAAGCACUGCAGACUGGGAUUCUGUGCUCCUGCAGCUUAAAUGUUGAUGGAGUGUUUAAAACGACAAAUAUUCUUUUUUUAUUUGAGCCAUAACGUGCUGGAUGGCAGUGGAACUACCAUAUCAAAGACUGAAGCCAAAGGCAUUACAAAAACCGGUCCAGCCUGCAACAUCCCUGGUACAUGAAACGUUUCUGAUGUUGGGGUCGUGGAUCGCAGCAUAUUGCAGCCAAUAAGGAAAAGAUCAGAGGAAGCUUAAAGACCCUGGAAAGCUGUUUCAACCCGAUGCGGCGGCAGUGGUUACGGGUUUAAGUCCUAACCUGGCUCUUGAACAAAAUCAGAUUAAAGUUUUUCAGACAUGGCUCAGUGAGCUGUUUAAUUUCGACCACACAUUUAGAGCAUGUAUGGAGUCACUCGAGGCCCUUUUCACUACAGGAUAGCUCAUUGGCAAACAACUUUAUAGCAAUAUAAAACAUAUAGAGCUUGCUCUGCUACCUUCAGUGACCAGAUAUUGAUCCAUAAUGCUGAUAUAGACUUCUGGGAUGGCUACGGUGUCUGAAAUAAUCAUACAUUUACCUUAUCAUCUUGAAAGAGAUGACACAUUGAUGCCGCGCUCACAACUUCCCUGCAUCGACCUUUAACACAAUGACAUUACAAUGUCAUAACUUUACUGAGAGUUGGGUGUUGAGUUCCAAAUCAUUGAAUUUUAUUAUUUUGAAUAGUUUAUGUGCCGACAUUUUGCCGUUUGUUAGCUUUAUUCUCUGGAGCCUGGUUGGAGGGGAAUAAUAUAUCAUCUCACAUUGUGUGAGCUGUCUUCUCUUGCCUGUUUUAUAUUUUUCUUGUAAUCUGCCAAAAUAUUUCAGCCCAUUUUGGUGGGUUUCAGCUCAUUAGGGGUUCCACCACUGCCAGCAUGUCAGUCAUAACCAUCAUAAAGGAAUGUGGUCUCUUUCUGUGCCGCGUAAUUUUCUGGAUGUGUGUGUGGCUUGUCGAUCUCCCGUUAGCAUCAAUUAUUUGAAGUGUUUUUUUUUUUGAUGACUUCAUCAGUCUCUCACACUGUUGCAGAAGAAUUUUGGUCCAGUCCUUACAAUGUUACUUCACUGAGCUUGUUUUUAUUUUAUUUAUUUAUUUACUUCCUUGCUUAGCUCUCUUCCUGCCACAACAUUUCAGCUGGGCUGAGAUCUCAGCCUUUAGUUGAACCUGGUUUCUCUGGGUUGUGUUUCUUUAGGUAUGAAGGUCAGACAGAUCUGCUCUGGCCUCAUCCGUCCUAAGGACAUUGUUCCUUAAAUCUUGUGUUUUGUUCAGAUGCAGCUUUGCCAUGCGUCUGUGUGCUUUUUAAACAGAGUACCCUUUCUCCUGGUAACCCCUCUAAACAAACAGAACAUGUACAAUUAUUAAUAGAUUUUUUGUAUUUUCCAGAGGGCACAAUCUUGACUUUAUAGUAAAUUUAUCAGGAUUUCUACUCCUGGGCAGACUGUUGAUUGUCUUUGUGAGCAAUAAAUGUGGAACCCCAAAUUGCUUUUCCUGAUUAAAGUG